AUGCUGCCAACCUCAUCUGUACCUCGUCAGCAGUCUUCUCCCAGCUGUGCAAGGCUGUGUUUUUUGCACAUUCUGUACAACCCGAGGAAACGGCCCCCAAGAACAGCACGGUACAUCUUUGCUGCAGUGAAGGAAGCGCAAGGCAGACAUUUGAAACGGCAGCAAAGAAGUAACAAGAUGGGGGCCUCAAGACAAGUGGCUCUGAAUAUUAGGAUAACGGAAAUGGCAGAUGAAACCAGCCAGGUGAUCAGGGAGUUUGGAAAGCAUCACGACAUGUCAAGCGCAAGCGUGGAAGCUCUGCUCGAAGAUUUCCUUUGCAUUUUGGAAGGGGAAGAGACUAUAAGCCAUGUCAAUGUGGCAACAAUUAUGCAUCGAACAGCGUUCCUCGUCUCUGCAUCACAUCUCAAAUCCCACGUGGUGAAGAACCAUGCAAAGCUGAUCGAACGGCUCACUGUGGCCGUCCACAACUCCAUCGACCUCUUCCAGCCACGACACAUCGCAAAUGUGAUUUGGGCAUAUGGAAAACUUGGCAGACCAGUGCUGACCAUUCUGACACCUGGUUCGGCUAGUGUUCCGGGCGUGUUGGCCUUGCUGAUGGAGAGAGCAGAAAUGCUGUGUGAGAGGUUCUCUGCCAGGGAGAUAUCUAGUGUCAUGGUUGGCCUGGCAAACAUGCAGCUGCAGCGAAAGACGUGCGAGGGCCUGUUGCUGAGGCUCACUGCUUCAGCUGCCAGGAGAAUCGAAAAGUUCAAGGGCCAGGAGCUGUCCAACGUUGUGUGGAGCCUUGGCAGGCUGGGGGCAACAAAAACGUGCCAAAGGACUGCGGACUUUCUGCAUCAAUUGCUGCCCAGGCUAAACCCACAGAGUCUGACUCCACAGCAGGUGUCGAAUUUGUUGUGGGGUUUUGCAAAGUUAGAUUUCCAGGAUGGCUCCAACUUCUUUGGAGAGGUUGUGAGAAAUUUCGAAGGCCGGUUGGACGAUUUCAGCCCACAAGGCAUCGCUAACUUGGUCUGGUCCUUGUCAAAACUCAUGUAUCUGCCAUGUAAUUCCUUUUUAGGGAAGGUAGUCUCCCAUGCGGUGGGCAUGUUGGGCAGGCUCAAGCCCCAGCACGUUUCAAAUCUUCUGUACGCCUUUGGGAUCUUUGGGGAUGUCGACAUAGCAGGCCCUCUUUGUUCUGCAGCCAAAGCACAUUUUGAGGAAAAGAAGGACAGCUUUUCUGUUCAGGAGCUGUGCAACCUUCUGUGGGCAUUGGCGAUGCUGGAUGCUCUCGAUGUUAAGACAUUCAAUCUAGGCAUGGUGUGCCUGUCAAAUAAGUCGUCGUUGAAGUCGAUGAAGGAUUCGGAGAAGCGCCAGAUAUACCAGUGUGCCAUUCACCUUCAGGUGUUUGGCCUGGAGCAAGGGUUGGACGAAGCGGUUUGGUUAAAGCUGCAGGAAGAGUUUUCUCGAGUGUGGGUGAGCGGCCAGUACUCCAAGCCAACAUCCGCAGUGGGCCUGGCUGUCCUCAUUACCCUGCAGAAGCUGGGGUACGCAUCCUCAACGAGGUUUGUUUCUGGUGUCAUCCCGCUCUUGGUGGACAGCGCGACGGGUGCUGAUGGCGUGCGGGUAACCAUCGAGGUCAGCAUAAAGCAGCACUACUUUGUCAAUCGGAAAGACAGGCUGGAGGGGCCCAGGAUGUGGGCGAUGCGCAUUCAGGAGGCCCAGGGCUUCGUGGUCGUGCGUGUUGACACGGAUGAAUGGACGCGUCUCCCCGUCGGGAAGCGGCAAGACUUUUUGAUGGAUAAGCUGGACGCGCCGUGGCCCCAUUGA